AUGGGCUCCUCUGGGACGGGUACAAGUGGAAUGAGACUUCCGGCAGCUAGUGAAAAACAGAUUCUUGAUCGAUAUAUACAAAUGCAAAGGCAACAACAAGCUCACUUGGCCCAACAGCUACAACGAAACAUGAGCAAUGCUCAACCAAGGCAAUCGAGCUCAACCAACUCUGGCACUUCAACAAGCGAUCGACAAGCGCACGUCACCCAAUUGGCCAAUCAACUCCGAAUGCAGGCACAGCAGAGCUACUUGCAACAACAAAUGAUGGGCACGAAUGGACAGAUGCAGCCCCAAUCACCUGUUCUUCGACAUCAACCGCCCGGUCUAACCCCGGCUGCAUUGGCUCAAAUGCAUCGCCGUCAACGGGAACAAGCCGCUUUUGCUGCUCAACGACACCAAGCACAAGUCGCUCACUCUCAACCCUCUUCUUCUCAUCAACUCCUUCAACAUUUACCCGAGCACUUGAGGCCUGAGAAAAUGGAAACAGCUAGACAAGCGGCGCUCAAUAUGCAGAGACAAUUCUCUGGAAGAUCUGAUGCCAUUUCCCAGGCUUGUCAAGAGCUAAUCGAACUCCGUGAUUCUCUUCAAAAUCAGCUAGCCGCUAUGAAAAUUUUAAUGAUUUCUGAGAUCAGUCGAUUAUUUGAUUGUUUGAGUGCAGCAGUUGUGAGUGAAACGGAAGAACAAUUAGCCCCGAGUAAAAAGUUAUUGAAGGAAUUGAAAGAGAAAGCUGAUAAAGCCACAAAGGUGGGCAGCUGUGCAAGUCAAAUCCUUGGCCAUUAUGGGAAAGUACCGAACAAUCAAUUGGAGGGUUUCAUCACGCAAACGAUGAGUCACAUGGCUGAACUCGAGCAAGCUGAGCCACUUAUGAAAGCAGCCUUGAAAGAUGUAAUUCGAUUGGGAAAAUUUGAUGCUCAAAUCGAUCUUUCAGCUUUUGAUCCACUUUUUGAACAAAUAAAAGCAACUGAUUUUGGGUUUUUUUCGGUGAAAAAUGAUGACAAAGUGGAGACGAAGAAAUUCGAAAAAAUUUGCAUACCCGAAUGUGUCCCAAGGCUAAAGCUUUGGGAUCAAUUGUCGACGAAAAAGUUGACUUUACGGAAUCAGAAUCUUCAUGUGAAACGACCAUAUAAUGAUGCGCAACGGGGAUUGUUGAGGAUGAUGUUUGCGUGUUUUAUGAGAUGGUUUGAUACACCGCAUCUACCUGGCACUUCUGGAGUCGACGAGACACCAACAAUCUUUUGGCAAAAUCCACAAGAAGCUCCAAGAGAAGCACCGCCCAAACAAAUCGAUUUGACCGGUGAGGGACUUGGAUCAAUCCAAAGAGGGCUCUCGACAACCACAACAACUGAACAACUUCUCUCCCACAAUCACGAUCAACCCAAUACAAUCGACAGCACCCGUCCAUCAACCUCUCGAUACAGUGAAGAGCAAGAGUUGAACAGUCAAGAUAUAAUCUUGAAAGAAUUGAGAGAAGCUGGUGAAAGAAUAUUGGCACAAGGAACGGAUAAAGAACAAGAACAAGAGACAUUUUCUCCAUUAAAUAAUCAACCGAUUGACUUCUCGGGUAUUCAAGUACGAACUGAGCCUUUAGACGAAGAGGAUUUUGACGAGGAUCACUGUGAAAUGCCGAUAAAUGGACAAAAUCAUCUAGAGAAUGGCUCUCAUUCCCCAUUUCCUCCCGAAGAAGCCGAAGAUAGGCCACCUUCCGCCUCAACAACCCCAAAACACACAGAGAAUGGGAUCCGUCUGGAGGUGGCGAGAGAGUUGAGUGCCACGAGGAAAUGCCCAUCACCGGCAAGUCUUCUCCCGGCACGACCAUCAAUGGUUGGACAACCACCCGGCACAAAGAUCCCGCAGUCACCCCAUCGAAACUCACCCCAACCUCCUCUCAGCAACUCGCCAACACCUCCAACAAGACCUCCUCAAACCUUUAACCGCCCACCACCACCCCGCCAUCGUCGUGCCGAUCAAUCACCCGGUUCUCUCCCCUCAAACCCUUCCGGGUCACAAUCGCCCGCUAUGAGCGAUGGCUCAGCUAAUGCUUGGAGUGUGAUUGCCAAAGCAAGCAAGGAGAUAAAAAAAGUCAAAGAAGGAAAAGAAGGCAAAGAUGGGAAAGAUGGGAAAGAUAAGAAAGCGAAAAAAAGAAAAGUAGAAGAAACGAUCGGGAGAAGAAAAGAGAGUGCACAGCAUGAAGAUUGGGAUUUGCCGACAGAGUGGGAACUGGACGAGGAUGGACAUCACAAUAUGUGCUACACUUGUUUUAAUCGAAAAGAACAUGAUGAGUAUCCGGGAAUGUGCGACACUUGUCCUCGAAUCUAUCACGCUGAGUGUCACAUCCCGAGAAUCAAAUGCACGAUGGCUGAGCUACCUGAUGAUUGGAAAUGCUCGUGGUGUCUUCCAUCAACUCCAUCAACUUCUGUCAAUCAAAACUUUCAAGGCGAUGAUCGAUUGAAUUGUUACAAAGUAUUGUUGGCAUGUUUCGAGAAGCCUUACUACGCGAGUCUUUUCAUCGAUCCUGUUGAUUUGAGUAUUGAGAAAGAAUAUAAAAAGCUUGUCGAAAAACCGAUGGACUUCAACACAAUCGUCUCAUUGUUAGAAGAAAACCCGAGAGCUUCAUUGGAGUCGGAAAGACUGGGAAAUGUUCUUGAUUUCAUUAAUCAUAUGAACAUCAUCUUUAUGAAUUGCUCGAUAUACAAUGAGUCUGGAACAGUGGCCAUGGAUGCAUGUAAAGCGGUCUACCACGAUUUCAUGGCUGCUGUAAAGAAAUUUUUGCCCGUUUACAAACACAAAGUCUUCUUCUUCAUUCACUACUAUAAAGCAACGAAGAAACACUCAAUCCGAUGGCGACCAUUGGAGGGUCAAUUGGGUGAACCGUUCUAUGAUGAGAUGGAUCACGCACCACAUGUUAUUACUGGUGGAACAAGUCCAAUCCGAAUGAAAAUCAAGUUGGCUCUGCCCCGUCCAAUCUCUGAAUCAGAAGAUGAAAUCCACGAACCAUCCAGUAAAAAGUUAAAGAAAAAAGAAAAACCAGUAUCUCAA